AUGGGAGCUGAUGAGUCCUAUCAUUCUCCUAAGGUUGCAGAUGGAGUAGUGAGCUGUUCUAGUAGAAGGCCUAAGUCUAGUCUUGAAGUUUUUGGUCCUCAAGAAAAGCCAUCGGACUACUAUAGUCCAUGGAUUCGGCGCCACGGUAAGCAUAAGGGUUUUCUAGAUACAUAUCCUAUGCAGUUGCAGCGGUUCUGCUCUCCGGAGCAAGUUCCGCCGCCGUCGGUGCCGACUCCUCCAAACCAUAGGAGAACGCAUCGAACUGCACAUGGCUGGAACUUUAGAAUCAUGACGCCGCACCGCCUCGCCUACUAUGAGGAGGAGCGCAAGACUGCUGCUGCUCUGUGUAAGGGGGUGACUGAGGGAGAUGAGAUUAGUUAGAGGAGUAGAUAGGCAUCCUACUGAACCCACGGAGACGAGGUUGAGACUAUAAUAAUGAAUAUGUAAGGGGUGGAUGUCUCAGGUCAAACUGACUACAUCGUUCUACUCGAUUGUUAGUCUAGAUGUCGCGUCUCUGUCUUGCGUAAUUGAUAGAUGAAAGGAAUUGCCUCACCUAGGCCAUAGUUAAACACAUUAGUAUUAGUUCUUCCAUAAGGGACGCGACUGCACAUAUCGAGACUCCGCCCCGCAAUGCUUGUCCGGCGAAGUUUGAGGCCUGUGUCUCGUUUUGUCGGACGUUUCGGUAGUUUUUAUAUCCCAAAGGGGUUCUUCGCGAAGGUGUGGGAGAUUGUCAGAGAUGUUAUUAGAAAAAAUGACAAUAACCACUAGAGCCCCGACCAUAAUUCUAAUAAAGAUAGUUUUAUAUUUAUAAUUAUAGAAAUACACACUCAUGAUAAUUGAUAAUAUUCUAAUCAUAAUAAUAAUCAUUAUAAAAAUACAUCAUUCACUCAUGAAUAUAUACACGCGAUAUACACAAGGAAGUGCACAUACAGCCUCCAAUAGAUUUCAAAGAAAGGAGGAUAAUACAUAUGCGCAGGCUUUUUUUGUAAAUUCAUAUAUUGAGUGAUACAUAAGUACAUGAUCCACACGCAGCAUCUAAGUUUUUUUGUAGUGAUCUCGUAGGUGAUGUAGUUUUUUUUGAAUUUGAUCUUGAAGUGGAAUGAUAGUAGUACUAUCAACAGGAUGCAUCGCUUACGAGAAAAACCUACACACUCACUACCAAGCUGAUCUUGAUCAUGAACUUGGGGUCUCGUGGUGUAUUUCUACGGACCUUUGACAUAUUUUGAAAGAUGCAGUGAAUUCUUGAUGCCAUAAAGACAAGCGCGAACUUUUUCACUAUCGUGCUUGUCAAGUUUUGCUUUUGACCUUGAGUCUGCAUAACGCAGCCAGCUCUUGCUUCUCAGUUGAGAGCAGUCAGUGCACACAUUCCACCGCUGUUGUUCGUGAGGGUAGAAAUGGUCUGUGAGUAAUGUCGG